AUGGAGGCCGAGUUCAAGCGGCUGCUGGCCGGUCCGCGGCGCGAAUUGGACAUCGGCAUCGGCAUGGUCUGCCACUUGGGCACCGGCGGCGUGGCCGACUCGCUCAGGAAGGUCGCGGAGCUGCAACGCGUGAACGUGGACGCGAGGGAGCGGCGGAUUCACCUUCUGGUCUGUGGCGGAGACGGCACUGUGACCUGGGUCCUCUCCGAGAUCGAGGCGUUCAUGCAGGCGCACCCCGACGUGCUGAGGCACCAGCCGCCCAUAGGCGUCGUGCCCAUGGGCACGGGCAACGACCUCGCCCGCUCGCUGGGCUGGGAUUCCAAGUUCCGUGACUCGGCGCACGUGGCCAGGUACGUGCAUAACGCUUUGGAGGGCACGGUGGUGGAGCUGGACCAGUGGAAGGUGACGCUCAGGCCCAAGUCGUUGCUGCCCCCCGCCCUGCACUCGGUGCACGGGCUGGAGCACGUGGCGUACUUCCAGAACUACUUCUCGGUCGGCAUGGACGCGCAGAUCACGCACGGCGUGCACCUCGCGCGCCGCGACUCUUGCGGCAGGUGCUGCUUCCGCGCGGGAAUCGGCAAGGUCUGCUACGUGGUGCACGCCCCGUGCAGAUGUUGCUGCUGCGCAUCGCCGACCCUGGACCUGCAGGUCAACUACGUCCCCGCGGAUUCCCACAACUCGGCGGCGUUGCCGAUGGUACUCGGCGAGGCGCGCCAGUUUACGAUGAGCAACAUCAACUCCUACGGCGCCGGCCGGGUGCUGUUCUCGAGCGAGGACCUGGAGAGGGUACGGCCCAAUGACGGGCUGCUGGAGGUCUUCACGGUCGCCGACCCGCUGGCGCUCGGGCUGCUCAGCAACCCGCUCGUUGCGCGAUCCACCCCGUUCCAGCAGGCGCGCAGGGUCGAGAUGACGCUCGGCGGCGGGCAGUUUUUCCAGCUGGAUGGCGAGCCCUUCUUUGUUGACGCGGAGUGCCGCGUGACCGUGGAGCACCACCGGAAGGUGCGGCUGCUCUGUCCGCCCGAGGGGCGCGCGGGUCAGCACGCCGCUGGGGGCGUGUGGCGCGGCCGGCAAAAACGCGCCUUCUGGCGCGAUGCCGCCCCGCUGGUCCUGACGCCCGGCGCCACGCCGCAGCCCCGGCGGGCGGCGGGCGCGCAGGCGUGA